CCAGCUGAUUUGUGAUGAAAUUCGUCCUAAAAAUUAUGAAACGUUCAUGUAUACGUUUUAAAACAUAAUAAAACGAGUUCACAGCACGCAAAUGUAUGUAAAUUAUCUUAUCACGAAUCUUUCCUGCUCAAUUGCAAAUCACGGUGAUAUAAUCACACAGUAGUUUAAGAAUACUCUGUCAUAAACGAUUUUGAAAUGCAAAGUGUUUCACUGAAAGUUAAUUCGUGAUCGUGAUAAAUUAUUUACGUAAAUAAACUCUGAACAUAGAAAUAUAAUAUGAAAAUCCUUGAAAUUGAGGUAUAAUAUGACGUGGAAUCCUUUAAAGAAAAACCAUUUGACACAGAGACCCACACCAGCACCGCCUCUGUUAUCUCAUGUAGAAGACAGAGAGCUCGAUGUUGCAGUUCAAAGACUUAUUUACGUUGAAGAUACAAUUAGGAAACUGACAAAAGAAAUGAAGAAGUAUAUAGAAGCUGUAGUAAACUUAGAUCGUGCAGACCAAAGACUAACGCUAAAUUUGACAACUUGUGGCCUGGCUCAUCUCAACGAUGAGUUUAGAAAAGUAGUGGAAGACUACCACUCUGUUACCACUCAGAUCGGGAAGACAGUACAAGAAAUGGCAGUUCUUUGUCAAAAAACAUUUAUAGAACCUUUAAAAAAAUUACGAGACGAGUUUGCUCUAAUAGCUGCAGCAAUAGCCAAACGUGAAGAGCUGGUAGCUGCUUGGAGAAAUUAUUACAAUCGCGUAAGAAAGUUACAAGAAAAAAAGGAUAGAACAGCCAGUCAUAUUGCAAAACUGGAAAGAGAAAGACGAGCAGAAGAAGCAGCUGCAAAGGAUCUAAAGACUGUACAUGCUCAACUACUCGUCGAACUACCUACAUUUCUUGACAAGAGACUAGAAUAUAUUAAGCCUAGUAUACAUGCUUUGAUAAUGGUACAGUUAGAUUAUUAUGGAAGUACAACAAAAUUAUUUACACACUUAAUGCCAAUUCCAAAUGCUUUGGGAUCACCGUCCAGUGCGAUGGUACCCGAAGACGAAUAUCAACAAACUGUGGCUAACCAAAUGAACAGAAUAAGAGCUCUUACCAUUGUCAAAAAUCAUUGA